AUGGCAACUAAUUUCGUCAAAUCGAUACCUAUCCAUCUUUACCAUGCAAAACAGAAUGUUAACCGAAAAAUUGAUCGUGUUACUGAGAAGCUGCUUGUAGAAAGACUUUGCAGGCCCACCUACGCUUCACUUCAAUCGCAUCUUCCUCCCAGUGGAAAAACACAACCUCAUCCAUUGGCAACCAAAAGAGACAAAUCGCUUCGUAGCCCCGAUGAGUCUCGAGCGCAACAACAGAAGGCACAGCAUCAUAUUGAAAGCCCAUCAAGCGUUAGAACUGAGUACACCGAACUCGGUGGCACUGAGCUAAAAGAAAAAGAAAUCUCAAUAAUUACAUCCCCUCCGCUAUUUUCAUCCUCGACGAGGAUACCAUUCUCCAUCGACGAUAAAUCCCUUCUAGGCGUUCAAUCCUCUUCCACAUGCAUCUGCUAUUGUCCAAAAGGAGCGGCUAUUUUGGAAGAAGAAUCCCAGAGGUGGCUAAGAGAAAGUCCAUAUUAUCAAAUGAAAAUGAACUCGCGAAUCAGCACAUGGGGCCGGUACAGACCAAUCGAAGCAUCAGUUGGCGAGGCUAAUGUAAAUGAACUUGUGAAUCGUCUGUACUCGACAAAAACCAUUUCGGCCAGUCUCAGAGAAAAGGAAUCCCACCGCUUGUUAAGUAAGCUAAGACCGCAAUUACCGGUUCGAUUCAAGAAGCCUUGUCCUCUUGGUAGUAGUUUUGAUCUUCCCAGCCCCAAUAGACCGGAGUUCUUUGAUGAAUCUGGUGAUUUUAAAGUGGAUGACUUCUUUCGAUGCUACAACCGUUCAAACGCAAUGGCUGAAAGAAUGCGUACCAUAUCACGACCAACCAUUGGCAGCAAGCUGAAACAUAAAGGUGUCUGUGCAGUGUGUGAUGACAACCCUAAAGAAAGUCUAACUUUCCGUUCAGUAAGAACAAAAAGGACCAUAAGAGGAAAAAAAGGACAAGAUGCGUUGAAUCAAAGACUGUUGCAACCCACUGUCUCUUCCAUGACUCAUCUUCUCAUGUGCAUUCGAGCAGGGGAGUGGAAACAGACUGAGUUUGAACAGAUGACAACGCGUUCUAAUUUUCAUUACUACAGUGGUGAGGCCGACAUACGUGGACCGCCGCACUCUGCAACGGAAGUACCGCUCAUUAGUGGUUUACAACGAAGUUCAAGCGUCCGUUCCAUUACUCAACGUGUUUAUUCAGGUAAAUGUAGACGAAGAAACUGCCAAAGCAACGAACGAACGACUAGAGUCACUAGGGAUCCAGUUGUGUGA